AUGGCUAAGCAGCUUGACGAUUUGGGUCUUUUCUGGCGAAUGGUCUGGCAACAGGAAGUAGAGAAGAUUGUCAUGUUGACCAAUUUGGUUGAGGGUAAGAAUUCCGAAGAAAGAAGUCUGCAUCAUCUUCAGUUUACAAGCUGGCCAACCAAAGACGUCCCUGAUAACGUUACAUCAUUGAUAGAGUUAAGACAGAGGGUGAACACCCUGCCGAGAACAUUUGGCGGACCAGUGAUUGUGCAUUGCAGUGCUGGCGUUGGAAGAACGGGAACCUAUAUUGCUCUGGACAUUCUGACUAACCAGGGUGAGACAGAAGGAGCUAUAAAUAUCCCUGGAUGUGUUCUCAACAUGAGACAGAACAGGCCCAGCAUGAUUCAGACCUUGAGUCAAUACAAGUUUUUACACGAAGCUUUGGUCCAUUCAUUGACUCUUGAUUGCUCGUUAAUAAGCAGAGAACACUUUCAUAAAUAUAUGUCCAGUAAACAGAAGGUACACCAGCAGUAUGAGAGUUUCAAAACGAAAAACCGGUUCUUAGUUGCACAAACACCUCUGCCUGACACUGUUUCCGAUUUCCUUACACUUGCUGUUCAAGAAAACUGUUCCUGUAUCGUUAAUAUGGAGGCAAACUUGGAAAAGCAUGAGAUGUGA